UUUGCGAUAAGUUGGCAGGACUGUUUAGGUUAAAACAGCUGUUCGUUUGAUGCCCGCUGUCGGAUUCUUGACAUUAUUGAACACAUUCGGUGUAUUUUUAAGCGCAAAAGCAUAGAAAAUGUGUUUUCUGUGCACACAAUGUACGGAGGACGCCGUUGGCAAUAUUCAGUUUGGGUCCAACGAAGCCGCCUUACUUGAUGUGAAUAAAAUCAUCGAAAAGCACUUCUGGAUGCAGACUAAGGAUGCCAUUGGACAUGUGUGUAGUGCUUGUUGGAACCAAUUGUUUGCAUUUCACAACUUUUAUAUGAGCGUGGAGCAGGCACACAGGCUGCUAGGCAAUCAGAUUCCAAUUGGCAAAGAAGCCGAGUUAAGUGAGCAAGUGGAAAAGGAAAUUGCCGCAAUCGCCGCGGAGGUGGAAGUGGUGAUUAACGAAGAUGUGGUCAAACAGGAGAAUGUGCUAGGCGAGAGCGUUGCGGCUGCAGUGAAGCGGCGACGUGGACGCCCUCGCAAGCAAUUGCCACCUGAAACAGGUGCAACAGGUAUCGACAGCAGCGAGUUGAAGGCCGUGCUGGAACAGAUCAACCUCAACGAGAUUAAGAUUGAGUUUCCCGAGGCGGACUUGAGCAUAGCCGAUGUGCUGCAGGAUCAGGAAGAGCAAAACAUGUCAGACUAUCUACAACAAAGCGGCUGUGAAAGCGACGCUGAUGAUGAUGAUAAUGAUGAUGAUGAUGAUAAUGAUGAUGAUAAUGAUGCUGAUGAUGAUAUUGUUACUGCUCCGAUACAGAAAAGGCCACGAAAGAAUAAAAAGCGUCGCAACGUCACAACGAAAUCAAAAUCAAAGGUUGUUAAAAAGGUGAAAACUGAAGGCAUUCAUAAUAUGAAGAAAUCAAGAGAAUUCAAUGACUACAUACGAGAUCACUAUAAAGUGCAGUGUCCCAUUUGCAACGAACCCUUGGAUGGAUUCUCCGAGCUGCUCGUCCAUGCGCGCAAUGAUCACAAUCAGCGCGGAUACGCAGUCUGCUGCGGUCGCAAGUUCUGGAAACGUGGCGUACUCGUCGAUCAUCUGCGUCGUCAUCAGGAUCCGGAACUAUUCAAAUGUCACAUUUGUCACCGCGUCAUGGGACAUCGUCGCAGCUUGGAGCUGCAUAUGCGUAUGCAUGACAUCAAACAACGUGGACGACUUCAUCAAUGCGAUCAAUGCCCAAAGAAAUUCUUCAGCUCCGUCGUUUGCGAGCGCCACAAACUGACGCACAUUCCCAAGGAGCAAUGGCUUGUCAACUGCACCAAUUGCAAGAAGACCUUCCCAACGGAGUAUCUUAUGCAGCAACAUGUGAAGCUGGUGCACCUGAGAAAGUUUGACAAGAUCUGCGACGUUUGUGGGAAGUCAGUACGGGGCCGUGAGGCCUUGGUCCGCCACAUGAAGGAGCACACUGGGGCACCGCAACAGGUCAUCAAGUGUGACCUGUGUGACUCAACGUUGACCACGAAAUACGGUCUGGCACGGCACAUUAAAAUGAUGCACACCGCCGAGAAUCUGCAGCCAAUCCAGUGCGAAUAUUGCCUUAAAGUAUCACCCAGCCUUCAGGCCCAUCAGCAUCACAUCAAAUACACCCACAAUACGGCACGUACGCACCAGUGUCCGAUGUGCGAGAAGGCCUUCAAGCGUCCCAAUGAAUUGCGCGAACACAUGACAACUCAUACGGGCGAGGUGUUGUAUACCUGUCCGCACUGCCCAAAGACCUUCAACUCGAAUGCAAAUAUGCAUGCGCACCGCAAGAAAAUGCACUUUAAGGAAUGGCAAGAGUAUCAUCAUCAGCAUCACUCACGACGACGCAACUCGAACACAAUCAUCUCCGUGAGUGUGCGCAAGACAACGGAGAGAGCGUCCGCUGGGACAACAGAGGCGACUAACGAGGUGGUCGUCGAGGGAUUGGAGUGUUGAUUAAGUGCCCUUUGACAUAAUAAUAAUAAUUAUAAUGAAUAUGUUCACAAUAACAUUGAAAUCACUCUCAGAUUUCGGCGUAAUCAGUGUAUAAAUUUUAAAAAACAA